AUGGUGGAAGAGCGCAAGCGCCACUGCUGGGAGUGCCUGCGCCGCUCCCUGGUCUGUGACUUUACCCGUCCACAGUGUACCCGAUGCUCGACCGCCGGUGUUGCUUGCCCCGGCUACGGCGCAACGGAGCCUCGUCGGUUGAAGUGGCUGCCGCCUGGAAAGGUCACUUCACGGCGGCAGAAGAAGCCCGUCGAACAUGAGGUCAAAGGGACUGGGUGCAGUCGGGGACUUGCCCGCGAGUUGCCCACCGAUCUCCAUGUCUUUGUGCAGGCGACGGAAUAUUACAAUGCUUGCAUUUAUCCGGACCUGCGGCAUAUCGCGACGCUGGGCAGGAAUACCGCCAUCUACCCAAUCACCCCGGAAAUUGUCCAAAUGGCGAUGGCCAGGCAUCCCGACCAUAUUCGCAUGGUGAUCGUUUGCAUGACCCUGAGCCACCGCAUGAAUCGGUUGCGGAAUGAGCCGGGAUCUCAGGCAUUAGUGCGGGAUUUCUUCCGCUAUCGGGGCCAGCUGAUUCGGUCGUUAAGUGACGAUAUUCAAGCGCCGGAAAGACGCACCAGCGAUCUGGUAGUAGCGGGAAUGCUUACCCUCCUGCUGGUCGAUGCUCAGCAAGGCGCGUCGCCUCAUUGGCGAUGUCACCUCGACGGGGUGCGGAAGAUAAUUGACUUGCGCGGGGGGAUAUGCGUGAUGGCCCGAUCCCCGGGGCUGCGUCCUCUGCUACUGUUUGUCGUGUUCGCUGCCAUUAUGGGAGAUACCUCAUCGCCAUCAUCGCAGCUGUCCCUGGCUACUUCAGAUAUGAGAGCCCUAGUCGUCAUGAUUACCAAGCAUGCCGAUCAUCCUUUUGCCUUCGGCACGUAUCCGGCAGCUCUAUUCCGAGAGAUCCUCAACAUCAACUAUCUUCGCGUGAAGGCCUUGGAAGGAGCUUCGGGUGAUCUCAUUCAAUCAGCGUUUGAAAUCCUGGCUCGAAUUCAUAGUUUCUGCGUGGCCCAAUGGGCUCAGUCGAUAUCGACCAAUUCCGACUGGGAACUGUUGGGGGCGAUCCACCAAGACGCAAUAGCUAUUUACUGCAUUUUCUCGCUUCAAAGCUUGGGGGUUCUCCCUUGGAAUACACAGCUGGGUGACCUUCGUACUAGCCACGCCCACAGUCUGCAACAAGGCCUCACUGCCGCCGUCUCCUCCCCGUGCCUGAAACGGUUCGUGGGUUGGGAUCUCGUGGUCCUUGGUGUCGCGGCCGUGAAGGACACCAGGUUGCAAGCAUUUCUGCGGCACCAACUACCUUGUCUGAGUUACUCGAUGGGCACUCAUGUGCCACUUCUUGCCAAGGGGCUGCUAGAGAAAUUCUGGGCGCUCAAAUCAACACAUAAAACGUGGGAUCAGUGCUUUGAUCAGCCUUAUACCUUUGCGAUGCAUAUGUCGGUGGACGUCAGUGGAGUUCGAUAGGCCAGACGUUUGCUCAGAAACAAUUAAUAACAAUUAAUUCAAGCCGCUCAUCUGCGUUGCAAAUAGUAUUGUA